AUGGCCUCGUCGUGCGCUCCCGCGGCGACGGCGCGCCUCGCGGCGACCCUUCCCGCGCGUCGUCGCACCUUCGCGCGCGGACUCGCGACGAGGAAUGAUCGCCGGGGCGGCGCCCGGCCGAACCGCCCCGGUGCAGCGCGGGUUCCGCUCGUGUUCGCCACCUCCACGGACCCCAAAGCCGCCGCCGAGUCCGUCGACGGCGACAUCAUAGCCAACAACGCCGCCAGCCUGGACGGCAAGCUCCGAACCCUCGUCGUGGGGGUCGCGGACGAGCGGGGCGACGAGCUCCUGGCGCAUCGCAACCGAGAUCCGGGCGUGCUCUUCCGCCACCAGCGCUGGGUCGACGCCUACAAGCUCCCCGGUCAGUACAUCACCAUCACCGACGUGGAUAGCGGCAAGCAAAUCACCAAGCCCAUCAGCGUCUCCCCCUACCACGCCCGCUCCACCGCACCCAACAGCGACGUCUCCGUCAUCGAGAUCCUGCUCGACUCGGGCUCGGACGACGGAGACGAGAAUUUCUUCGCCGCCGCGCAGCCGCCCGCUCGGCUCAAGGUGUCGCCCGUGCGCGGCGGGGGUUUCGAGAACCCCCUCUUCCCCGAGUACAACCUGAAGCGGGCCAUCGAGCACGGCCACUCCAUCGUGUGCAUCGCCGGGGGCACCCGGGGCGUAGGGCCGCUGAGGUCGGUGAUGAACUGGCCGGAUAUCUCGUCCCACGCGGGGACGCACCCGGUGACGCUUUUCUACCUGCACGCGGGCGACAUGGAGACCGCGGGCCAGUCGGCCGCGUACGUGCAGGAGUGGGAUAACUGGAGGGAGGCUGGCGCCAAGGUUGUGCCGUGCUACGGGGAGUUUUUUGACGACGGCGUGUUCCAGAUGCAGGCGGCCAUUGCGGGGAGCGCAAACGGCGGGGGCAAGUUCGAGACGGUGCUUGGCAAGGACCCGAGCAAGGUGACCGUGCUCAUGGCGGGCGUGAGCGGGGAGGAGUCCAAGGCUGUGCUGAAUAUCUUCAGCACCCUCCAGAAGGUGCCCAAGGAGCAGAUCCUCAUCGUGUCCGAGUUUGCGCUCAAGAAGGGCAAGUGA